GCAUACCGGUAUCUUCGUGUCUCAAGCGCCUGCUGUGUCAGUCAUGGAACUUGCGGGGAUCACCAGCAGUACAUCGCCUUUGGUCGUUUCUGACUCGGGAGCUGGGAAGGGGAGAACAGCAGACUUGGCCGUGAACAAGAACUUAGAGGACUUCUGGGAAGGCGACUACGACGUAGGUCUCAGCUGCAGCUGCUGGGAUGAGUCCAAAGUAGGUGUAGGUGGCCAGUGGAUGGUUCUGGAUCUGGGCGCGCCCAUGCCUGUAUCCAUGAUCCGCAUCCAUCAAGGCGGUUGGGGGAAUGCGUUCGCCGUGUCGCAGGUGCAGUUGGAGUGCUCGAACACGCAGAACUUUGUGGACCCCGCGUUGCGUUUCGAGGUGUCUAAGGAAACCACGACCCUCGAAUGUAACUCCAGCAGUUGCGAGAUCACGGAGUGCCGGGGAAGUAGCUGCUCCUUCGCCUCCUACUGCGACGCUGCGGCGGGCCUGAGCUCGAAGGUCUUGAGCUCUGCCCAGGUCUCUCUGCUGGCCAUGGUGCUGGUACUCUUGACGUAG